AUCGAAUGUGGCGCUCGCGUGUAUCGGCGGCCGUCGCGCCUGUCCGCCCCAUCGUCCAACGCAGCCAUGCAACGUCCUUCUCGUUGUGCAUGGAGAAGCAACUCCGGUGCAUGAGUAAAGAACUGCACCCUCGACGCGUUGCGAAGCCGCUCCCGGAAGCAUGGGCCAAGUUGGCGACCAAGGAAAUCAAAGGCAAGGACCCAGAAAAGGCGCUGCUGUGGAAGACGCCCGAAGGCAUCAACAUCAAGCCCCUCUACACGAAGGAUGACUUGGAGGACUUGGACCCCGCUCAACUGCCGGGUGUGUUUCCAUACACCCGCGGCCCGUACGCGUCCAUGUACACGGCCAAGCCGUGGACUGUGCGUCAGUACGCCGGUUUCAGUACCGCCGAGGAAUCGAACGCCUUUUACCGCAAGAACUUGGCUGCGGGGCAACAAGGGUUGAGUGUCGCCUUCGAUUUGGCGACCCAUCGCGGGUACGAUUCCGACCAUCCCCGCGUCCAGGGCGACGUGGGGAUGGCGGGCGUGCCCAUCGAUUCGGUGGAAGACAUGAAGGUCUUGUUUGACGGCAUCCCACUUGACAAAAUGUCCGUGUCCAUGACUAUGAACGGCGCCGUGCUGCCCAUCCUGGCCAUGUACAUUGUCGCGGCGGAAGAGCAAGGUGUGGAUCAAAAGUUGCUCGCCGGCACGAUCCAAAACGACAUUCUGAAGGAAUUCAUGGUCCGCAACACGUUUAUCUUCCCGCCGCAGCCGUCCAUGCGUAUCAUCCAGGAUAUCUUUGGGUACACGUCGGAGUACAUGCCCAAGUACAAUUCGAUCUCGAUUUCGGGGUACCACAUGCAAGAAGCCGGCGCGGACGCGCGCUUGGAACUUGCGUUUACGAUUGCCGACGGCAUCGAGUACGUGAAUGCUGCCGUGGCCGCGGGCCUGGACGUCGACCUUGUCGCCCCACGCUUGUCGUUCUUCUUUGCGAUCGGCAUGAACUUUUACAUGGAGGUGGCGAAAUUGCGUGCGGCGCGCAAGUUGUGGGCGCUGUUGAUCCAGGAAAAGUUUGCCCCCAAGAACCCCAAGAGUUUGCUCCUGCGUACGCAUUGCCAGACGUCGGGAUAUUCGCUGACGGAGCAAGACCCGUACAACAACAUCAUCCGCACGACAGUCGAGGCCAUGGCCAGUGUCAUGGGCGGCACGCAAAGUCUGCACACGAACGCGCUCGACGAGGCGCUGGGGCUCCCGACAGAGUUUUCGGCCCGCAUGGCGCGCAAUACGCAGCUGAUUUUGCAAGAAGAAACGGGCAUCCCCAAGGUGGCGGAUCCGUGGGGCGGGUCGUACUUGAUGGAAAAUUUGACGCAGGAACUGGUCGAUUCGGCCAUGGAAAUCAUCCGCGAGGUGGAAGACUUGGGGGGGAUGGCCAAAGCGAUUGAAUCGGGCAUGGCCAAGUUGCGCAUCGAGGAGAGCGCGACCAAGAAGCAGGCGCGUAUCGACAGUCGCGAGGAAGUGAUCGUGGGCGUCAACAAGUACCGCCUCCAAAAUGAAGACCGCGUGGACGUGCUUUCGAUCGACAACACCAAAGUCCGCGAGCAGCAGAUCAACCGUAUCAACGAGACCAAGAAGAACCGUGACGAAGCUGUGGCCCAAGAGUGUUUGAACCGACUGAUCCACUCUGCGAAACUGACAGAGUCGACGGGCCCCGGCACGAACGAGUUCAACUUGCUCAAGCUGGCGGUGGCCGCUGCCCGGGCCCGCUGCACCGUGGGCGAAAUUUCCGACGCGCUCGAGACGAUCUGGGGCCGCCACGUGCCCAAGAGUUCGGUCGUGACGGGGGCCUACCGCGAUACGUUUUUGGGUACAGAGGCGGAAGGCGAGUACAACGACGUGCUGGCGGAAGUGGAGCUGUUUGCCGAGCGCCAGGGGCGUCGGCCGCGGCUGCUUGUGGCCAAGAUGGGUCAAGACGGCCACGACCGAGGGGCCAAGGUGAUCGCGUCGGGGUUUUCCGACUUGGGCUUUGACGUGGACGUUGGCCCGCUCUUCUCGACGCCAGAAGAAGUGGCGCGCCAGGCCGUGGAUUCGGACGUGCAUUGCGUGGGCGUCAGUUCCCAGGCGGCAGGACACAAUACGUUGGUGCCGGCGUUGAUGCAAGCGUUGAAAGAUCAAGGCGCCGAGCACAUUUUGGUCAUUUGUGGCGGCGUGAUCCCUCCCAAGGACUACGACUUUUUGUACGAGCAAGGCGUGGGGGCGAUCUUUGGCCCUGGCACGCGGUUGCCCACGGCAGCCCACGACACGAUCCAAGCCAUCUACAAAAAGAUCAAGCAGAACGAACAGUCCAACAAUGCGUAGGCUAGCUACUGUAGUACUUCCUCCGUUUCAUAAAACUGGAGACCUUUUUAUCCGGAAGAAUUUUAUCUUGAUUUAUGUAGGCCAAACAUAUCAC